AUGAGAUUCCUCACAGCCCUCGCCACUCUCGCCUUCGCGACCGCCAAACCCAUCAUGGCCAACCCAACCUGGACCGACACUCCCUCCAAUCCCUCCACAAUCCUCUCGCACAAAGGUCUCACCGUCUCAGUCUACCACCUUCCCCCACACCCCGUGUCCUACCAAUCAACCACCAACCUCACCUUCUCCCCCACAGCCUUCACCCUCAUCCACGACGCCACCUCCGCCAUCCUGAUCGACUCGCCCGCUACCCUCGCUCAGGGCCAUGAGCUCGCCGCCUGGAUCAAGUCCACUAUCCCAGGAAAGAAGCUAAGGGGGGUCAUGGUCACGCACGGACACGGUGACCAUUUCUUCGCUUCGCCGCAGGUGCUGAGUGAGGUUGGGGACGGGUCUUCCAAGAUCUACGUGGAUGGAAAGGUACUGGAGCAUAUGCGUCAGCAGUAUGAGCCGGAAUUCUAUGGGAGCUUUUGGGGGAGUUUGUUUCCUGGUGGACAGAUCGACACUAGUACCAACAUCACUGACGAAGUGGUCUCCUUGCUAGAUGAUGCAGAUCCGAAGGUGCUGCUUGAUAGUGGUACAGAAAUCAAGGUCGUGAAUGUUGGGCAAGGAGAUACGCAUAACUCAACGGUCAUCCACGUUCCAAGCCUCGAUCUUGUGGUAGGUGGUGAUGUUGUGUAUGGCAGUUGCCAUCAGUUGCUGGUGGAAGACGCGACGCCGGAGUUGCGGCAGGCGUGGCGGGACAGUCUGGAGGAGGUGCACAAGUUGAAGCCAACCGUGGUCGUGCCGAGUCAUAUGUUGCCUGACGAGGACUAUGGAGUUGAGCAUGUGGCAGAGACGAGACGGUACAUUGAUACUUGGGAGAAGGCGAGGGCGAAGUCUGAGUCAUGGGAGGAGCUGGAAGGUGGGAUGAAGGAAGCGUUUCCGGGACGGUCUGGGAGUUUCAUACUCAGGUGGAGCAGUCAGGCGCCAUUUGGCGCUGAUUUCUGA